CAACCACAAAGAUCUGAAUGAAGGGCACCCCUUUGUGUCACAUCACUACUUUCCUGAAGAUGUUUCAGAUGAGAAUCUUCUGUAUGCUGCUGUGCUUCAGCAUAGCUGGGACAGCACAAAAUGGAGGCACUUUUGAAGAGCUUGGAGGAGGAGUACGUGGGCCCAGAAUAGUGGAGCAUGGAACCCAGACUGCCUGCAAACACGACAAGGCCUGGCCAUUAUGCUCUGAUGAUGAAUGGGGUGCUAAAUGUCCAUCAGGAUGCAGGAUGCAAGGACUGAUAGAUGAAAUGGAUCAGGAAUUUAAUGACAGAAUAAACAAGAUUAAGACACAGCUCUUGGACAAUCAAAACAGCUACAAGAGAUCAAGUGUUCUGAAGGAGGAAAUCAGUACAGUUCUGGAAAGGAAUCUGAUCAGCGAGCAACAGAUCGAUGGUAGCUAUAAUGAAAUCUCUGAUGACCUGAGGAGAAGACUUGUGAUCCUAAAAGAGAGAGUUGUUGAACAAGUCAAGAGGAUUAGAGUCCUGCAGAAGACCAUUCAGAAUCAAGUUGGAGAGCUGAGACGUUUAGAGGUGGAUGUCGAUAUUAAGGUACGUGCUUGCAAAGGAUCGUGUGCUCGUGCUUUCAACUACGUUGACGACAGAGAGAGCUAUGCCAAUAUACAGAUGCAGCUCACACAGUCCAAUUCCAUCAACUUCCAACCACCCAUUCAAGAUAAACCCUUGAAGGUGCUGAAAAUGAGACCAUUGAAGGACUCUACUGUUCCUAGCCAUUUUAAAACUAGUCCUCUGUCUGAACAAGAAAUGAACGUCCUCAAUCAUAUAACGAUAAUGGUAGCAACUUUGGAAGAUUCAGGGGCAGGAUCCAGAACAUCUCCAGCUGUCACCAAACACGUUGUGCCUGGAGCAGAGGCUGGUGAAUAUAUGCCCUCUAGCAAGGGUGUCACUACAACUCAAAGGGGUGGCUCUGAUUUGAAAAUAGUGAGGCCUGGUUCUCCUGCUGGAGUUACUUGCAUCAGAACAGUCACCAAAAAAAGAAUCCAGAGCGCUGGUGGCAUCAGAGAAGAGGUGUUGGAAGAGUAUAAAACUCCUGAUGGUUCAGACUGUUCGCAUUUAAAGGGUUUAGUCAGUGAAGCUGGAGGCACCCACCACGUCAAAGUGACCUCCUCCGGUGGUGGUGGGAGUGGCUUACCAGACUUUUCUUCCCUGGGUUCAAGUGCAAGAGAGUUUUUUAACUUCGGUUCUGGCAGCAAACUCACAGAAGCCACUGACCACACCCCAUCAUUCCAUGGUUCUGAAACUUCCUUUGACCUGACUGAGGGAGAAGAUGAUGACUUCUCUAGGCUCGAUCAUGCGUCCGCUUCCUCUUCGAAAACAAGUCAUGACUCCAAGUUUGUUGUAAUCGGUAACACACAUAUAAAUGGCUUCAACAAAGGGGGCUCCACAUUGGAAUUCAAGUCAGUCAAACUUCCAUUUCGGGAAGUAGAAGGGGUGCAACAUGAUGAGAGUGGCGAGGAUACUCCUGAUUAUCGGGCACGGAGCUCAAGCACAGGAGGAGAGAAGCUGGGGGAAAGCUACAUCGGGACAGACUGUGAGGAUAUCCACCAAAAACACACUUCUGGUGCCCAAAGUGGCAUUUUCAGAAUCAAGCCAUCAGGAUCCGCUCAGUUUUUUUCAGUGUAUUGCGACCAAGAGACCACUUUGGGAGGAUGGCUUCUGGUCCAACAGAGAUUGGAUGGGUCAUUGAAUUUUAACCGGACCUGGGAAGACUACAAGAAAGGUUUCGGCAGCGUGGAUGGCAGUGGGAAAGGAGAGCUCUGGCUGGGCAAUGAAAACCUCUACCUGCUGACCGAGAAGGACACAGUCCUUCGGGUUGAAGUAGAGGACUGGGAGGGCAAUGAAGCUUAUGCAGAGUAUUUUAUACACAUAGGCUCUGAAUCAGAAGGUUACAAGCUCACUAUCUCUGAUUAUGAGGGGACAGCUGGGGAUGCCCUGAUCAGAGGCUCGGAGGAGGAAGGCAGCGAAUACACUGCCCACGCCAACAUGAAGUUCAGUACUUUUGACAGAGACCACGAUCAGUGGGAGGAGAACUGUGCUGAGGUGUACGGAGGUGGCUGGUGGUACAACAAUUGUCAAGCAGCUAAUCUCAAUGGGAUUUACUAUCAGGGAGGUCAAUAUGACCCAAGAAACAAUGUCCCCUAUGAGAUUGAAAAUGGGGUGGUCUGGGUACCCUUCAAGCCCUCAGAUUACUCCCUCAAAGUUGUGAGAAUGAAAAUUCGCCCUGUAGAAACAGAUUAGAUAUUACAGUGAACAAACGACUCCCCCAAUUAUAUAUACCUCAUAAUUUUGAUAUGUGUGUGUGUCUGUGUGUGUGUGAAUUUUUUUUACCUAAAGCAACUGAAUGCAACUGAGAGACAUCUGCCUGUUCAAUAAAAUAAACAAUUUCACUUUAAAAG